AUUAUAAAAAAAAGCUUACUCCAACCAAAAAUUCAAUUCUUACUCCAUUUUCUCUCAAAUUCUUCUUCUUCUUCUUUGCAUAGCCAUCAUCAUGGCUAAACUCAUGGUUUCAAGCUGUAUAAUAAUCUUAUGCUUAAACGUCAUCGUUCUGUGUACAGCAGAGCUUCAACGGUUCGACCAUGCAGCCAAAGCCGAUGGGUCUCUUAGCCUUUUGGUGGUUGGUGACUGGGGAAGAAGAGGCUUUUUUAACCAAUCUCAAGUUGCUCAUCAGAUGGGGAAAAUUGGAGAGGAAUUGGACAUUGAUUUUAUAAUAUCAACUGGAGAUAAUUUUUAUGAUAACGGAUUGAACGGUGUGGAUGAUCCUGCAUUUGUUGAAUCUUUCACAAAAAUCUACACUGCUCCCAGUAUGCAAAACCAAUGGUACAGUGUUUUAGGUAACCAUGACUAUAGAGGUGAUGUUGAUGCACAACUUAGUCCCGUUCUGAGAGAUAUGGACAACAAAUGGCUUUGUCUGAGAUCUUUCAUUGUUGACACUAAAAUAGCUGAAUUUUUCUUCAUAGACACAACUCCUUUUGUGGAUAAAUAUUUAGACGACGAGCAUAACUAUGAUUGGAGAGGCUUAUUACCUGAUCGUCAAACUUACCUUUCUAAUAUUCUAAAAGAUUUGGAUUCGGGGUUAAAAAAAUCGACAGCAAAAUGGAAAAUUGUAGUGGGUCACCAUACAAUUAGAAGUGCUGGACAUCAUGGAAGCACCGAAGAGCUAAACUCUCUGGUCCUCCCCAUCCUUCUGGAAAAUAAUGUUGAUCUUUACAUAAAUGGGCAUGACCAUUGUUUGGAGCACAUAAGCAGUGGGAACAGUCCAUUGCAAUUUUUGACAAGUGGAGGAGGAUCAAAGGCAUGGAAAGGGGAUGUAGCAUGGUGGAAUCCAAUGGAAAUGAAAUUCUAUUAUGAUGGACAAGGUUUCAUGUCUCUCCAAAUCACUCAAACUGAAGCUCAUGUUGUGUUUUAUGAUGCUUUUGGCAAGGGUUUGCACAAAUGGAGCACCACUAAGCCCCUCUUCUCCAUUGUGUAGUGCACAUUUUACUCCAUUGGGAAGUAUUUUAGGUGUUGGGUUUUUUCUAUUUUUGUUUUAGCAUUGUAAUUAAUUUAGUUAAGUGGUAUUACUUUGAAAAGAAAAAAAAGUGGAACCCUAUGGUACCUCUCUUUUUUUAUGCGACUAUUAUCCAUUGAUAGUCAUUAUUUUAAAUUAUUUAAUCUUAAAUUAUAGAUUGUUAUUAUUACUUAAA